AUGCUUCCUGUGUUCCAACUCCCAGCUGUCGACUGGGAUUCCUGGGAAGCAGAAAAUAUCUUGUUCUCUUUGAAUUACUUUAUCUGUCAAUCUAUUUCUGUUAUUUUAUUUCUUUGUUCAAAUCAUCCACCCGUCUGCCAAUGCUUUUCACUUUCUGAACACGUAUUCGUAUCUUACCUUUCUUUUUUUCGCAUCUUUUUUUUUUGUUUGUAUCAUUCCUUCUUUUUCAUAUCUAUUUUUGUUCGUAUCUUUCCUUCUUGCAUCUUUUUUGUUCGUACCUUUCCUUCAUGCAUCUUUUUUGUUCGUAUCUUUCAUUCGUUAUUCGCAUCUUUUUCGAUGGUAUCUUUCCGUCUUUUUAACAUCUUUUUUGUUCGAAUCUUUCAUUCGUUAUUCGCAUCUUUUUUGUUGGUAUCUUUCUUUUUACACAUCUUUUUUGUUGGUAUCUUUCAUUCGUUAUUCGCAUCGUUUUUGUUCGUAUCUUUCCGAUUUUUCACAUCGUUUUUUGUUUGCAUCUUUCCGUAUUUUUUUACAUCUUUUUCUUCGUAUCUUUCCGUCUUUUUCACACCUUUUUUGUUCGUAUCUUCCAUUCGUUAUUCGCAUCUUUUUGUUGAUAUCUUUCUUUUUCCACAUCUUUUUUCCAUUUUCUCUUUCUUCAAAGAUUUUUUGUUCGUGUCUAUUCUUUCUGUUUCGCAUUUUCUUUUUCGUUCCAGUCUUCAGUCGUUCGUAUCUUUUCUAUUUACGCUUCAUAUUUUCUUCAUAUAUUUUUUCUUUCUAAUCUAUAAAGAUCCAUAUCUUUUUAAUAUCUUUUCUUUCUUUGCCUUAAUUUUUGUCUUUUUAUUUGUUCUUCAUUCUUUCUUAGCAUCUUAUUUGGUUCGUAUCAAUUUUCGUCGACUCUUUACGUUUUCUUUUAUUUUUCUUCAUAUCCAUCAUUCAUUUUCGCCUUAUUUUCCUUCUUUUUUCGUGUCUUUUCCUGUAUAUCUUUCCUUCUUUCUUUUUUUUGCAUAUCUUUUUCUUUCUAUGUUUCCUUCUUUCUUCACUCUAUCAAAAUUGUUUUCAAAAAUUCUUUCUUUUUUUUCUUCUUUUUCUUUUUCCUUCUGUCAUUUGUUGUUGUUCUUCGCUUUCCUUUUGCCACCGCGGCGACCAUUUCUUUGCAUAUUUAUUCGCACUGUUCGUUCCUAUCUAUCUAUCUAUCUAUCUAUCUAUCUAUCUAUCUAUCUAUCUAUCUAUCUAUCUCAGUCUGCUUUUAUCUAUCUAUCUCAGUCUGCUUUUAUCUAUCUAUCCAUCUCAGUCUGUUCAUAUCUACCUACCUACCUACCUACCUACCUACCUACCUAUCUAUCUAUCUAUCUAUCUAUCUAUCUAUCUAUAUAUAUAUAUAUAUAUAUAUAUUUCAGUGGAGCUAAGUUCGACAAUAUGUAUUUCAUUCUGGCAACAUCUAUCUAUCUAUCUAUCUAUCUAUCUAUCUAUCUAUCUAUCUAUCUAUCUAUCUAUCUAUCUAUCUCAGUCUUUUCAUAUCUAUCUAUCUAUCUAUCUAUCUAUCUAUCUAUCUAUCUAUCUAUCUAUCUAUCUAUCUAUCUCAGUCUUUUCAUAUCUAUCUAUCUAUCUAUCUAUCUAUCUAUCUAUCUAUCUAUCUAUCUUAGUCUGUUCUUACCUAUCUUAGUCUGUUCAUAUCUCUCUUUCUCUCUCCCCAUAUAUUCAUUUCAUAUCUAUCUAUCUAUCUAUCUAUCUAUCUAUCUAUCUAUCUAUCUCAGUCUGAUCAUAUCUAUCUAUCUAUCUAUCUAUCUAUCUAUCUAUCUAUCUGUCUCAGUCUAUUUACUUUUAUAUUUUUUUAAUCUUCAUAUAUAUUCUUUUUUCUUUUCUCUCCUCAAUUCAUAUCCAAGGCUAAUCAUUUCUUUCUAUCUUUCACAAUUUAUCUCGGAGUCCAUUCACUUCUUUCUUUCUUUCUUUCUUUCUUUCUUUCUUUCUAAGUCCAUUCAUUUUUGUUUUCUUCAUACCUAUCUCUCUAUAAUCGGUCUGACGUUAUUACGUAAAUAUGUCCAACUUGAAAAUUUCUUUCUUUUUUUGUCCCUUCUUUCUUUCUUUCUUUCUUUCUUUCUUUCUUUCUUUCUUUCUUUCCCUUUUUUCUUACUUCUUUUUAUCUCUGUCUUUCUUUUUCUCUCUCCCAUCUUUCUUUCUUUUUUCUUUCUUGAAAAUCAACAUUUAAUUUUUUCUUUCUUUUUUGUUCUCCUUUUCUCUUUCUUUCUUUCUUUCUUUCUUUCUUUCUUUUUUCUUUCUUUUUUCUUUUCUCAUUUAUCUUUCUUUUACUUUCUUUCCUUCAUAUUUUCAUUUCAUUCUUUCUUUCGUUUUCUUUUUUCUCUACCAUUUUUCUUUUCUCUUUCUUUUUUGUCUCUUCUAUCUUUCUAUCAUUUUUUGCCUGUUAUUUUUUCUUUUUUCUUCCUCUUUCUUUCUUUCUUUCUUUCUUUCUUUUUUCUUUGUCUCUGCCUUUCUUUUUUGUCUCUUUUAUCUUUAUCUUUCUUUCUUUCUUUUUCGUCUCUGCCUUUCUUUUUUAUAUCUUCUAUCUCUUUCUUUCUUUCUUUCUUUCUUUCUUUUAGAUACAUGUGUAACGCAAUAGACAUUUUCUGGAAUCGUUGA